UGUAUAUGUACAGGCUCUGCCUGUACAAGAUUUUAAGAUUCGGUCGAGUACCUAAAAAUUGGGGGAAAAAACUAAUUGUAUAGAAGUUUAUCUUUUCUUAUCAGUUUAACGGCAAUAGAAAUGCUAGUUCUAUGCAUAAUUUGCAUUGUUAAAAUUCGUACGAUACCUACAGAUCGCUAAGAGGGAUAGACCAACGGAUGGACAAAAUGCUUAGGAAUAGGAAUCCAUUGCCACUUGAACGGUACCCUAAAAAGAAGCGAUCUGUAACUCGUUGACGGGUUUUCUUUUAGCGAGGUGUGGCACGUCUGGAAAUGCGUAUAUUGAGGUGUAAACAUACACCGGUCGGCCGCCGGUUCCGCACCGGUUCCGCACCGAUUCCGUGUCUCCAUAUGAAGCAUGUGUGUCGUUAUAAAUACCAUUACUUACUGGCGCCUGCGUACUUUCCACUAACGUCUCCCGUGCUAAGCACUGACUGAACACAAUGACGAAGAAAAUAUAUAGAAUAUCUUACAUAAUCCUUCUUGCGUGCUUACACCGUUCGCAAUCUUCCACAGUUCCAAGCAAAAGGGAGAUAGCAUCAUCAGGACACAUUCCAGUACACCACACUUUCUCGGAGUUCCAUAGAGGGAUCCCCGUACCGGUACCACAACCGAUACCGUUUAGUGUACCGCGACCGGUCCCGUACACUGUACCGGUGGGCGUACCUGUAGACAGACCUCGACCGGUUUUAGUACCGGUACCACAUCCAGUGGCACAUAUUAUACCGCGUCCUAUAGCCGUACCUGUGGACAGACCCUUCCCGUACCCCGUCGCUCAUCCGGUACCGGUAACUAUAACGCAAGGGGUCGGUAUACCGGUUCCGCAGCCGUACCACGUGGCUGUCCCGGCACCAUUUCCGGUAGCGGUACCACAUCCAGUUCCGGUUACAGGACCAAUUGUGACCGGGCCGGUUGUAGCCGGGCCGGUUGUUGGAUCAGUUGCAUCUUCAGCAGUGAUUGGAGCAGGCUCAGUAGAGACAUCUCAGUUAGCUUCCGCUCCUGCUAUACAAAGCUCUUCAAGCUACGGAGAAACUAUAAUUGAAUCACAUGGGCACAGCAUUGAACAUCCUUAUUGAUAAUGAUUUAUUGAUAACUUUGAACCUUGUAAAUACAUCCAGGGGUGUAUUUCGUAUCGGGGUGCAAAUCGUAAGUGACCUGGGACGCCAGAUUAGUAACUCAAAUCAAAAUAUUGGUCAGCAACGAAUGACUUUAUUUGGCUUUUGACCAGCGGUUCCUCGCAGCCUUACGCCCCAGGCCAAGGCCCUCUAGGCUCUGUGGUAAAUAUACCCCUGAAUACAUCCACUUUAUAUGUCGUCAGUACAAACAAGACGUGUUUUUUAAUUUACAGAUUAUCGUUUUUUGGGGUCGUUAAUUUUACGAUCCUUCAUAUAAUGAUUGAAAUUUAAGAAAAGUUAGUAGUUUUUUAUGAAUUAUAAGUGUUUUUUUUUCUGUAAUAGAAUGUGUGAUAUUUAUAUUUUUUGGGUAAAUAAAAGAAAAUUAGAAAUAUAUUUUUUAUUAAGCAUUUAACUGCUAGAUGUUCAAAUUUAAAGAAUAACUAUAAUUACUAAUUCUUCUUUCAAAUGUUUAAAGCUUGUAAAGGUAUCCAUUUGGCAUUGUGGGUUAUCUACAAUGCGAAGAGAUGGCGCUGCCUUGCAGCUUAAGAAGGGCCAGAGUAAAUUCGACAUGGCCAUCAGGGCCGCGGUAGCAUAAUGGUCAGUGCAUAGCGAAGGGUACGGGUUCGAGGCCCGUCUGCUGCCUGGUCCGUGUGGAUUUUUUUCUAGUAAAAAUUUCAUCAGAUAAUUAGAAUUUAGCAGAAUGUUUUUUCAUCAACCACAUCAGCGGAAAAAAAAUCUAGAAAGAUACUGUUGGCCUUUGAACUACACUCUCUGCUAAUUGCUUGUGGGUAUGUCUUGUGUUCAUAUGGCAACAGUAGCAUUUUCUCUUCACAAGAACGACUAAAAAUAUAUAUAUUGGAGAAAUCUAUACGUUUUAGCUGGACAUCAGAGUAGCAGGAAUGCUUUCUUCCACUGACCCAUCAAUGCUUAUUGAUAAGAUCUGAAUAAUCUUUAUAUAUAUAAUUCUUCUGUGAGUGUGUAUGUCACUGAACUUCUCUUAAACGACUGGACCGAUUUUGAUGAAAUUUUUUGUGUCUGUUCAAGGGGAUCUGAGAAUGGUUUAGAUUCACAAUUUUGUCCGCUGGACAACCCCUAUUUUUUUUAGGGCGGUACGAAGUUCGCUGGGUCAGCUAGUAAUAAUUAAAGAUGUUAUACUCAUAUUUAUUUCAUUAUGACUCAAUUUGUACAUAAUCAUCAUCAUCAUCAUCAGCCUAUUAAUGUCCCCACUACUGGGGCACAGGCCUUCCCUAUGGAUGGAAUAGGGAGAUUGGGCCAUGACCCACCACGCGGGCCCAGUGCGGAUUGGUGGGUGCUAACGACUGCAGGUGCAGCCGGGAUCAACGGCUUAACGUGCCUUCCGAAGCACGGAGGAACUCGAGAUAGAAGAUUUUUGGUCACCCAUCCAAUGACCGACCACUGCGAAAGUUGCUUAAGUUCAACGAUCGCAGCCGAAUGUGCUCACCACCUGUGUACAUAAAGUAGUGAAGAAAACAUGAUUACAGUAAUUUAUGCGCUUAAACUAAUAAGAGGCAAUUAACAUCAUGACAAUACGACUUUAUUUAUGAAAAUUGUUUUAAAGUUAUGAAGUAUUUUAAGAACUUUAUUAAUUUUAUUUUUUGUUAUUAAAUGUUUUAAGGGUAUUGCACCAUUUAUUUUCACUGAUAUUGAUAUCCUUUACUUACCGAAUGUUAUGGUUAUCGAUAUUUUUCCUGAUUAAAAAUUCUUAUCAUUUAAAUCAACUUGAACAAUAACAGUCAGAAAACAAACCUUACAUUUUUUAUUUAUUUAUUUAUCAUCAACAAGUUUCAACAGCAUGAAUAAGAAAUCAUGUAAGAUGAAGAUAGAUAGAUCUUAGGGCAAUGAUACCGAUUUAAAGGACAUUGGGCAAAAAUGUAUGGACGCUGCACCCACGUCCGCCACGGCCUAAACUACAUUUGUUUGUAUUAUACUCAUGAUCAUCUGUGCCAAAGCGCAUCAAAUUCCAUCCCGGGGGUCUUUAGUUAUUUUAAGUUAAAUAGGUACAAGUACUAUAACGAGCGAACAUUAAUGAAACAAGGGAAUUAAUUUAGUUAUUUAGUUCGACCCUACAUAGGGGGCUCAGGUAUUAUGGGAGUACUUCACAAGGUGCAAGGGUGCCCCCCUGUGUUAUUCUGCCGCGCUAGAGUAAAUCCGAAAAUCCCCGCAUAGGUUGGGGUUUUUUCAAUCUUUUUGUUCGUUAUAGUAAAUUGUCUUCUAUGUAAAACGGAGCGACGACAGAUUACAUAAACUUGUCCACGCUUCGGAGAACACAUGAUUCCAGUUCAUCCAUACUAAUUGACAAAACCGAUAAUCGUGUUCCAAUAUCCAAAGCGUGUUAGAUAAAAAUCAAUCAAAUAGCAGGGAGCGCACAAUCACAACGAAGUAAGAUGAGUCGACUAUUUGCAACUGCAAGUCCUUCAGCAUCCGUAAUCUAUUUUGAAAUGUCUCAGUAAGAGCAAACGCAGGAGUGUCGGCAGGCUUUGUCGUAUAUCUGGUUGUAUAGUACGAUAUGGCAUAUUAUUAUUAUUAGGUACUAAUAAUAUAAAAUGAAGGUAUUAUAAAUGAAUUUAUUCAGCUACUUAAAUAUGCCCAUGUGUCAUAUCUAUUGACUACCAGGAUCUUUUUUACGGUGUCAUAUCUUUUGACUCCCAGGAUAUUUAUUUUCGGUGUGGUAAUAAAAAAGGCUAGUUUUUCAUAGAUCUAUCGAUUCAUACUAAUUAAAUUGUUGGCGGAGCUGCGUGCGUUUUGCCCAUUGUCCUUUUAGUCAUUAUUCGUGAGUUGCAUCAACUUAUUUUAAGCUUUCAGUAAAAGUACGGGUUUGGUGAAAAACGGGUUGCAGCAUUUGACAAUACUCAAACUGAGGUCAUAAUUUGACAAUGCCAAUCUGUCCAAGCGAGAUCCGUUAAAGUCACAGUAAAAAAUUCUCUUCUUACUUUAAUUGGCUCUGUUGUGUAACUAACACUAAUAAAUGACUAUUGGUUGCCUAAUCGGCGAAAAUCGAUCAUUUCUGUUCUUCCGCCAGCCUUUCACGUACUCCUAUGAGUAAUAUUUCUCUGUUGUGUGUUCAUCUAGUUCUUCUCUAGAAGAGUGUAGAUACUGUGCGUGUUAUGUUUAGUUUAUUAUACUGUUUAAAGAAUUUAUUUUUAUUAAUUCUUUUUCCAACAAUAAAUACCUUAAAUGCCAA